UUGUUUCAGCCCGGAAGUGUUAAAAUAGAAUUCUGCACAACCAAGGAGAGUGAUGAAUCAAAGGAGCCAAUCCUCUCAGUCUCUAAUCCGGAUCCUCCGCUUGUUCGCUCUGAAUCAGAUAAGAAAUCCAAACUUCAGGUUCCUACACUUUGUACUUCCACUCUUCUGUCCAGCUGCAGCAUCACUAACAAAUGUGGCUCUGAUGUUCCUUCAACCAGUCAAAAUGCUACCAGUGAGUCCCGUCAUUUUUGCACUAAUUCUGCCGAGCUUCUUCUCUACGCUUGGCUUGAUGCAGCUCUAGUUGGUAUUGCAACUCGUCUUGGCCGUCACUCCUAUCCUGUCCGCCAUUCAAACUUGUCUUCAGGGAGCGCUGGUGUCAGGCGCAAGUUCUCAUCUUCUUCCUGUUCCUCUUCCUCCUCCAUCACUUCUGUGCCACCUCCUGCACCUGAGACUCAUUCGACACUUUCUGGCACUCCAAGCAUAUCUGACUCUACACCAGUAGAUUCUGCGCCAGAUUGUUCUUCCUCUUCCAAGGCAGCAAUAUCUGUUAAUACAGACAUAUCAAGUGCUCCACUGCUUUCGCCUGGUAUGAAUACGUGCCCAUUGGAGGCCACUCGUGAAGCGGAAGCGAUCGAAACAGUUAAAUCCCUUGAAAUAAUAUCGAAAAUUAACUCGUCUGAUACAUCCAUAGACAAUAGCCACACAGUUUGCUCAGAUGAAAAUCCUGUCAAGGAAACAGCUAAAAUUGAAAUGGUUGUUGAUCAAAAGCAACUUAUCCAAAUAUCUGGAGCUACGACUAAUGACAAGAUAUCGCUUGGUUCGCCUACACUCUCUGCCUCAGAGAAUUCUACACUUCAAAAAAGUGAAAACAUCUUAUCUCACUCGCAUCUUGCAGAGCUUCAGCGCCGUUACUCUGAUAUUCUUUUAAGCAUCGGAAAAUCGGUUGGACCUCGAGCUCUUGCAGGACCUAUAAACCUUGAAGAACAUACAUCGACCCUUAUGUCCAGUUGCAGCACCACCAACAAGUGUGCCUCUGAUGUUCCUUCAACCAGUCAAAUUGCUACCAGUGAGUCCCGUCACUUUUGCACCAAUUCUGCCGAGCUUCUUCUCUAUGGUUGGCUUGAUGUAGCUUUUGCUGGUAUUGCAACUCAUCUUGGCCGUUACCUUUAUCCUGUCCGUCAUUUAAACUUGUCUUCAGGGAGCGCUGGUGUCAGGCUCCAUCACCCACACCUGAGACUAAAAUCUGCACUUUUUUACACCAGACUGUUCUUCUUCUUCCAAGGCAGCUCAGAGGACAAGACUUUGCGUAGCGGUUCUUCUGCUGGCGCUUACUUCUGGCCCUCGGCAAUUUCAACAGGCGGGAGCGGCUGCAAUGCUAGCCCCUUUACUUCUGCCUCGCAUUCCACUACACCCAACAUCGCCCCCAAUAUCCACGAUGGAUUUUCCCUGGGCUCCAACUGGACUACUGUGUCUGGAGACCCUAAGCAAGUUGACGCUGACUCCGUUUUGGCUCCAUCGGACACUCCGCUUGCGACUUCAUCCAAACCUCUGACCUCUGACAUAGUCGGUCCUACUUCUCUGACUAACUCUGCUCUUGACCCAGGCGCACCAUCCACUCAUAAUAUGGCAGUGGCAGCAGGGUCACUUGAUGUCUCAGUUGACAGCAACGGUUCAGCCGUUCGUACAACCACAGGCUGGCAGCGCUGGUGCAAACAUGUCUACGAGGCCAGCUCCCCGGCCCAGCUUCACCUCUUGGCCCGCGCACUGGAGCGCGGCUCCCGGCGUGCCGCUCAGGCUGGACGCGGAGUUCCCGCAGCAGUAGCUGCAUAUGCAGCUCGGUUCCCUUUGCCGCCACUUGUCUGCACGGCAUGCCGGUAA